AUGACUAAUAACACUCCGGAAUGGUCUUAUGACCUAGAGAGAAAAUAUUCUUUGGGUUGGAGCGCCGCGCAAGAGCUUCGUAGAAGGCGUACGCUGUUCAGUCGACCAGCAGACCUCAGUUCGUCCACUUCUCCUUCUUCAUUGGUGUUCUUCCCCUCGUUCUCCUUACCGGUUAACUACGUCAGAGUACCUACCAGAGAGAACUACUCCAUUUGGUUUCAAAUUAUUCUUCAACAUCUAUCAUUGGGUACACAUUUCGGAAGUGAAGUAUCAUCUAUAAAUCUAAGCGCUUAUCAGGUCGAAAAAAGCGGGAAACCAGUGCGGUCUAAUUGCUCUCAACUGUCG